UUAUUAUUUCCGCUUCAGUGGCUCCGGGUGGUGAUCACGUUCUAAGUUUGGUCGACGAGAUUUCAUAUACAGCACCACCAGCGCCUCCUCUGUCUCAAAUGCAUGAACUACCACCGGAGCUAUUCUGCAAUGGCGACAAUAGACCUGCUGACUGCUCGGUUGAUUGCAGAUGUACGCACAUGAUCGACGUGCCUUUAAAUUCCAUUGUUGAAAUAGUCCUUGUGGAUGAAGUACAAUCACCGAAUCUGUCUCACCCAUUCCAUCUCCACGGAACGCCGUAUAAUGUUAUCGGUAUGGGUCGAUCACCAGAUAAGAAUAUCAAGAAGAUUAACUUGAAGCAUGCACUAGACCUUGACAGAAAGGGUCUUCUGCACAGGCAGUAUAAUUUACCGCCCUUUAAAGACACACUCGCCGUGCCCAAUAACGGAUACGUUGUAUUGAGACUGAAAGCUGAUAAUCCAGGCUAUUGGCUGUUCCAUUGCCAUUUCAUUUACCACAUAGUCAUCGGGAUGAACUUAAUAUUACACAUAGGAACACAGAGAGAUCUACCGCCCGUGCCGCCGAACUUCCCGCGAUGCGGUCACCAUCUACCGUCAAUAACGUCACCAGCGUACUAUCCAAUUCACUAACAUUAGAUCAUUGAUGAUCAUAGCGAUCUAGAAAGGUAUUGGCUAUAACCUAAUAUACCCGAGAACAUCAGACACGCGUACUGCCAUAUUUUAUUGUGUUGUUAAAAAUAUGAACAACGUACGAACGAAAUAAAUUAUAUUGGACAAAAGAUCCAUGAUAAACAUCUUUUUAACUAGAAGACCAAAGUUAUCAGAUAUAUUGUAGCCUCCUCCAUUAAUUUACUUUCAUUAUUAAUUAUCUGUUUUUCUUAUUUGUUAUUUAUAUACGUCUCUUUUUUAUUUUGUUCGAUGAAUGAAUAUUUCAAUUGACGUAAACUAUUU